CCAGUUUAAUGUUUAAUCAAAACAUUGUUCCUACUUAGAGGCUACCAGAGAGGCAGUACGGAGGACUCAGCUCUGGAAAGGAUGGACAGGUGUGAACGCUCUGAAGCCCCUGUGUGCUGAGGUGUCCUGCGCUAUCUUCUAGAUGUACAAAUCCUGUACUCCCUGUGCUGAGGCAUUUUUGAUCCUCACAUCCCUGUCAGCUGCUACCAUGAGAUACACCACAGAAAUCAAGAAGUCCCCACCACAGCUCCUGAAGAAGUUUGCAGUUUGUGACAUCUCUCUGUAUGACAUCUGUGACUACAACGUCACCAGGGACCAGUGCAAGGAGCUCGGAUGCUGUUUCUACAAGGGCGUCUGCUACAAGAAAGUUGUCCCCAUUUACGUGCAGAUGUUCUCCACCCUGAUUGUGCUGGUGACCGUGAUCAUCAUCAUCACCAUCAUUUACAGGCUUGUACAGGAGAUUAGAAGACAGAUGAAGCUCUCCACGAACUCCACCCCUAAGGCAUCUAAGAAACGAUCGGCAUUUAGGCCUUUCUCUAGAGACCCCUCUGGAGCCCCCUCUAGGUCCCCCUCUAGAACUUCCUCUACGUUGUCUUCUAGAAGCCCCACUACAGCCCCCACUACAGCCCCCACUACAGACCCCGCUACAGACCCCGGUACAGACCCCGCUACAGACCCUGGUACAGACCCCGCUACAGACCCCGCUACAGCCCCCGCUACAGACCCCGCUACAGCCCCCUCUGAAAACCCUCCAUGAAGAAGACUGAGGGGCAAGUAGAAGGUAGGCUGGUGUGAAUGGUGUCUGUUUCUAUUCUUGUGGCAUAUUCACUGUCUUUGAUGGCCCUCAACAGGAAUGGCAAACACUGUUUUAGACUGGGUAGGAUUCCAAUGUCCCCGACUGUGGAGGGUCAGGUCCACAAGAAGACUCCUCCUUCCUUUCCUACCUUGCUUGGCUGGGUCAGUGCAUGUCCUGGGAACAGUCCAGUAACCCCUUCACGUUGAUCAGUGUCCUCCCUUGAAGCCACUGCAGAGUGAGUGUGGCCGUUGUCAUUUGACGCAAUGGCUGAAGUGACAGCAGUUCACUACCUGCUCUGGCUCAAGGGAGGCAAAGUCAUUUGCUUGUCAGUGACUCCCAGGGGGCUGUGCAGACCCUCUUGCUGCUUUUCCUGGCCCAGAACAAGGUCCAGAUUAGAGAAAAGGAUGUCCCAAAGGUGGCAUCUUGUUGUGGGAUGUGGAAUGGGGAAAGAUCUGUCUCGUCUUAACAUUCAUCCUCAUGCCUUUGGCCUCAUGGAAGCCCCAAGGGCAAGUGGGAUUGGAGGAGCCUUUCCUGCUAGUCUGGGGAUCUAAGACUUCCCGCAGGACACAGGCUUAUCUUUUCCUUGGUGCCUCCUGUGUUGACAGGGGAUACGAAGGCCUCCUCCUGAGGCUUCAGCCCUCUUGAUGUAUUGGGAAACAACAGGCCUCUCACCAAUUGACUUCUAAGAAAACGCUCGUUAUAUGUUUAUUUUACUCUGAGCCAUUGCAAAAAUCUCCUAAGGGUGCUGCAUGUCUCAUCAGGGAAACACUCAGACCCAUCCCUCCACCCCCCUUGUAAUCUAGCCCCAACGACCAACAGUGGCAGUGCCGCGUCCCGGUGAGCACCUUCAGUGUGUGAGACAGAGAGCAUCUGUGAGGAAAAAAAAUAAAAGUAUUUUCUUGAA